AGCUUACGGCAAAAAAAAAGAGAAUUUUUCCCGUCUCUCGUUCUGACGGCACCAUUAUUUACCUAAUUUUAUCAGCCGAAAAAUGGCUUCAAUUAACAGAAUAUUCAACAUUUCGAAAGGAAUUGGAGCGAUUUGUGGAAAAAUGUUGAACUUACAGCUGAGGCCUCAUGUAGUAAACAAGCCGCUACUCAAUAAAUUGUCUGUGGUACCAUUGCUUCAAUCGUCCCAAGCCAUACACACAACAAUACAACGGUUGGAUGUCAUGGAAUUUUUCGACGACCCAAAGAACUGGGGCCAAGACGAAGUCAAACACGGAAGAGCCUGGUCCAUCGACGAAUUGAGAAUCAAAUCGAAUGUCGACUUGCACAAGUUAUGGUUUGUUCUGCUCAAAGAACGGAACAUGCUGUUGACCAUGGAACUGGAAUGCAACGACAAAAUGGAACUGUUUCCCAGUCCGGAACGUAUUGACAAAGUGAACAUUUCGAUGGAGAAUCUGGAGAAUGUGGUGCGGGAACGGAAUCGAGCUUAUCAUUUGCUGGAAACGGGUGAAGAUGGCGAACGUCCUCAAUCAAUGGUCUGGAAUCAGUUGGGUAUGCGACAGCUCUAUCGUCAAACAGAACAUCUCAUCCCAAAAUUGUACAACAAGAAAUGGCGAGAGGCACAUGUGUUUCGUUUCGGAGGACAUGCAGUGUCUAAAUUCCGUAGGCUCUACAAAGAGAAGUAUGUCUACGAGAAGCAGAUAACGGCGAGGAGACGUGAAGUCCAACAUGUGAAACGGCUACUGCGCCGGUAUCCAAACAUCAGCAAGGAGCUUAUAGCCAAAAGGCAUCCGAAUAUUGACUUGGGAAAGAUACUGCACAGUCACGACGGAAUUGGUCACUAUGCACCGAAUCAGUAAUUUGGAGAUGCAAAGACGUUUUGUAAUUGAAGUUAAACAAAUUUAAGAAUCGAA